AUGGGUGAAGUCGUUGAGAAUCCAGACAGCAUUCAUGUUGAUUUCACAAAGUAUGAUAUAAAACGAAGAAUAGAUAUAAAACAGGUUUUUCAGAAUUGUUUGAGAAGCUGCAUACUGAUUUUGAACCAGGAUAUAUGUAUGACUAAGGAUGUUUUUAUUAAGUUGUGGAAAAAUAAUCAAAUAUGUGUCUGUGCGGAUGGGGGUGCUAACAGAUUAUAUGAAUUCUUUCAAGAUGAGGACGACAGGAAAACAUAUCUGCCUACGUAUAUCGUUGGGGAUAUGGAUUCUUUACGUAAUGAAGUUCGAGAAUACUAUAGAGGUCAAAAUGUGCUAAUAAUUGAGCAGAAGUGCCAGUACUCUAACGAUUUCAUGAAGAGUAUAAAGGUCAUUUCGGACCAUUUCGCUUCUCCCACUGUCCCCAAGCUGUUGGAAACAAAUAUUAAUCAUGUUGUUAGCGGUUUAAAGGCUUCAAAUAACAAUACUUCACAUGAUCAAGGUAAGAACGAUAUUGCUCCGGUAAAACUUGUAGUCCUCAAUGCUAUCUAUGGGAGGUUCGAUCACACAAUUCAAUCUGUCGCAGAAUUAUAUCGUUUGCAGAAUCAGCUGCCGCACUUCAGUACUUAUUAUUUAACCCCAAAAGAUUUGUUGUUCCUGCUACCUGCUGGAGGUACUUCAUUGACUUUCACUGAAGGAGAAAGAGACCACCUCUUUGGUAAUUGUGGGUUGCUACCGUUGGCUGGGCCUUGUACUAUUGUCAAGACAGAAGGUUUGAAGUGGGAUGUGGCGAAUUGGAGGACUGGUAUAUUAGAAGGUCAAUUGAGCACUAGCAACCGGUUUGUUGGUGAUAAUGGAUGUUACAUCAAUUCAGAUUGUAGUAUCGUGGUGAACAUAGAACUGAAGUGGGAAGUGGUUGAAAAAGAUGCAUUUUUUGAAAAAUAA